AUGAACAAGCAACGAAAAAAAUCCGGCAAAGAUCUUGAGCGGAUAAUUGAAGACAUAAACAUUGGUUUUGACCUCGAUUUACCAAGGGUACAAUCCCAAGGCUCCUCCGAAAGUUGUCCCGCUGAACAGAAAUGCGUCAACCACAUUAUCUACCUGUACUGGCAGGAUCAUCUCCACGAGCCCCUAAUGGAGUUAUUCAAGUGGGAUAGACAACAAUUCCCCAACCGCCAAAUAUCUGGGAGAUCCUUUCAAAGUCAUUUUGCUGACCCGCUCUCAUCUACUGCGCUACGGCGGGGGCUUGACGAGCGUUUGAGGCUGCGUUCUGAGAAAGAAAAAGCCGGGGUUUAUGAAUAUUGGUCUAAAAUACUAUAUGAUGCUGCUUGGAUGACGAAGUACAACUUAGCUGAAAGCACCUCUCCCGCGCGACCGACCAGCUCCGCGGACACGUCAACCAUCGAUACCCCUGAUAAAUGCAUACCGGAAACAAACGGCAAUAGGUCAGCUAAACGGAAGAAUAAAAACAAUUCUGAGGUAUUUUCCACCGCGCCUUCAUCCCCCAUUUUUGAAUUUGACACAUGUUCAUCAUCCGAUGCUUGCGACGGUGGCUACGGUUCUGAUACCUAUACGCUCUCCGAUUUUGAUAAGUUUGAUGGAUUUGAUUUUGAUUUUGCUGUGGAAGCUUUGACUGAUAUUGAUGGUGAGAAUCCAGACUCCCUCUAA